AUGGCUUCCGAAAAAGAAAGAGAUAAUUUUUGUGUCCGUUUUACCGGCAAAAAUUAUUCGGCAUGGGAAUUUCAAUUUAAGAUGUAUGUUAGAGGAAAGGGAUUAUGGAGUCACUUAGAUGAUGUUUCUAAGGCACCGACGGAGAAAACUGCUUUAGAUGUGUGGGAAAUUAAAGAUGCUCAAAUCAUCACUUGGAUUCUCAACAAUAUUGAUCCUCAGAUGAUCAAUAAUUUGCGUUCCUUUUCAACUGCUCAAGAAAUAUGGAAUUAUUUGAAGCACAUUUAUAACCAGGACAAUUCGGCAAAACGAUUUCAGUUAGAGCUAGACAUAGCCAACUAUAAACAAGGUGACUUGUCUAUUCAAGAAUACUAUUCUGGUUUUUUAAAUCUCUGGACAGAACACUCCGCUAUUAUACAUGCUAAGGUUCCCAAGACCUCCCUCGCGGCUGUUCAAGAAGUUUACAACACCAGUGAGCGAGAUCAAUUUCUCAUGAAACUUCGUUCAGAAUUUGAGGUUGUCAGAGGUGCUUUGCUAAAUAGGAAUCUUGUUCCUUCUUUGGAUACUUGUGUUGGUGAACUUCUCAGAGAAGAACAACGUCUGAUUACUCAAGGAGCUAUGUCUCAUGAUGCUGUCAGUUCCGAACCCGUGGCAAUUGCAUAUGCUGCUCAGAGCAGAGAAGGGUCGUGA